GAGCGGAGGGAAGAGCAGACCAUGGAAGGCGGCUGCCAGCCCGGGCAGCAGCUGCAGCAGGAAGCGGUGGAAGCGUGGCUGGACGAUCACGGGGACUUCAGCCGCUCUUACUUUGUGAAGAAAGCAACGAGAGAGAUGGUCAAUGCAUGGUUUUCUGAGAGAGUUCAUACCAUUCCAGUGUGCAAAGAAGGGACCAAACACCACAGUGAAGCCUGUUCUUGUCCCAGUCACCAAACAGGGCGGGCUGAGGGCACUACACCUACACCACCAGCCAGGAAGAUAUCCGCUUCUGAAUUUGAUCGACCUCUUAGACCCAUUGUUGUCAAAGAUUCUGUUGGAACAGUGAGUUUCUUGUCGGACUCUGAAAAGAAGGAGCAGAUGCCUCUACAAUCUCAGAGGCUUGGAACUGAUGCAGGAGAUCAGUGUUCAAGGCUCUUAGAACUAGUGAAGGAUAUUUCCAGUCACUUAGAUGUCACAGCACUUUGUCACAAAAUUUUCUUACACAUCCACGAACUCAUAGCUGCUGAUCGCUACUCCCUCUUCCUGGUUUGUGAAGACAGUUCCAAUGAGAAAUUUCUUGUCAGCAGGCUUUUUGAUGUUGCUGAAGGGUCCACCUUGGAAGAAGCCUCAAACAACUGUAUCCGCUUGGAGUGGAACAAAGGGAUUGUGGGCCAUGUUGCAGCUCUGGGACAACCUUUGAAUAUUAAGAAUGCAUAUGAGGACCCAAGAUUUAAUGCAGAAGUGGACCAGAUCACAGGUUACAAGACACAGAGCAUUCUUUGUAUGCCAAUAAAGAACCACAGGGAAGAGGUGGUUGGUGUGGCCCAAGCAAUAAAUAAGAAAUCUGGAAUUGGCGGAAUAUUCACGGAACAGGAUGAGAAGGAUUUUGCUGCUUAUUUGGCAUUUUGUGGAAUUGUUCUUCACAAUGCACAGCUGUAUGAAACAUCCCUGCUUGAAAACAGACGAAACCAGGUGCUGCUUGAUCUUGCCAGUUUAAUAUUUGAAGAGCAGCAGUCCCUGGAAGUCAUUUUGAAGAAGAUAGCUGCCACCAUAAUCUCCUUCAUGCAGGUGCAGAAGUGUACCAUUUUCAUAGUGGAUGAAGACAGUUCUGAUUCAUUUUCCAGCGUGUUUCAUAUGGAGUUUGAGGAAUUAGAAGACUCCAGGGAUGCCCACAAAAGAGACUAUGAUACAAAUCAAAUUAAUUAUAUGUAUGCGCAGUAUGUCAAGAAUACCACGGAGCCUCUCAACAUUCCAGAUGUUCGCCUAGACAAAAGAUUCCCUUGGACUAAUGAAAAUGCAGACAGUACAAACCAGAAUAUUAAAAGUUUGCUAUGUACACCAAUUCAAAAUGGCAAGAAGAAUAAAGUGAUAGGAGUUUGUCAGCUAGUAAAUAAGAUGGAAGAGAAUUCAGGAAAAAUAAAAGCUUUCAACCGAAAUGAUGAACAGUUCCUGGAAGCUUUUGUCAUCUUCUGUGGCUUGGGGAUCCAGAAUACGCAGAUGUAUGAAGCAGUGGAAAGAGCCAUGGCAAAACAGAUGGUGACAUUAGAGGUUCUCUCUUAUCAUGCUUCAGCUGCUGAAGAAGAAACAAGGGAACUUCAGGUAACAGCGGCUGCUGUUGUACCAUCUGCACAGUCUCUGAAACUCACAGACUUCUACUUUAGUGACUUUGAACUGUCAGAUAUGGAAACCUCUCUCUGCACAAUUCGAAUGUUUAUUGAUCUUAACCUGGUGCAAAAUUUCCAAAUGAAACAUGAGGUCCUUUGCAGAUGGAUUUUAAGUGUGAGAAAAAAUUAUCGAAAAAACGUUGCCUAUCACAAUUGGAGACAUGCCUUUAACACAGCCCAGUGCAUGUUUGCUGCUUUGAAAUCAGGGAAACUUCAGAACAAACUUACUGAUGUAGAAGUCCUUUCUUUGCUGAUUGCAGCACUGAGCCAUGAUUUGGACCACAGAGGGGUGAAUAAUUCUUACAUACAGAGAAGCGAACAUCCCCUUGCCCAGCUGUACUGUCAUUCUAUCAUGGAACAUCACCAUUUUGAUCAGUGCUUGAUGAUCCUCAACACCCCGGGAAACCAGAUUCUUAGCAACCUUUCCGUUGAAGAAUACAAAGCCACCUUGAAAAUGAUAAAACACGCUAUUCUUGCCACUGAUCUGGCACUGUACAUCAAGAGAAGAGGAGAGUUCUUUGACCUUCUGAGAAAGAAACAGUUUAGCCUGGAAGACCCGUAUCAAAAGGAGCUGUUUUUAGCAAUGUUAAUGACUGCAUGUGAUCUGUCAGCGAUAACAAAGCCAUGGCCAGUUCAGCAAAGGAUAGCUGAGCUCGUAGCUGCAGAAUUCUUUGACCAAGGUGAUAAGGAAAGGAAAGAACUCAACAUAGAACCAACAGAUCUGAUGAAUCGAGAGAAGAAAAACAAAAUCCCCAGCAUGCAGGUUGGAUUCAUUGAUGCCAUCUGCAUACAGCUUUAUGAGGCACUGGUACAUAUUUCAGAGGCCUGCUUCCCCUUGCUGGAUGGCUGCAGAAAGAACAGGCAGAAGUGGCAAGCAUUAGCUGAGCAACAGCAGGAGAGUAACCUGAUCAACGGAGAAAGCAAUCAGCCCAAGAGGAACUGAGAUAGCACUUGGCUAAGGAACUUUGGUUUACAAAGUUAUUUAUAUACAGUUCUUUGGAAAUACUUACAUUUUGCUAGACACUGUAUGAAAUAGGUGUAUAAUUUGCCACUGCUGUAUUUUAAAUAACAAGAGUCAUAUAUUUUUGCACAGCAUUCUGAAGCGCAACAUGACCUUUUUAUGUGUAUGAUACAUAAUAGUUGUAUAUUUCCAAUAUUUUCUUUUUUAUGUGGAGGAGAACCAGAUCUGCCAUUAGCAGCUUUGGUUCGCUGUGCCCUGCUUUGUAUGAUGGUAAAGGGAAAACAAGAGCUCCUAGAACUCGUUUGGUUUUGAGUUGUACAUAGUUGUUUAAUUCCAGCGAAUGGCCAGUACUUUAAAUAUUACCAUGUUUGGCACCUUUUU